GCUGCAAUUCGAAGAUUCAAGCCACUCUUUGACAGGAUAUUGGUAGAGAAAUUCCUACCAGAAGUAGUAUGUAUUGUUGUUCAUUCUUUUGCACAAGCAUAUGCAUUAUAAAUUACGAUGCAAGCAGUUGAAUGUUCCUUAUUGUACUAAUAUGGGUGGCAAGUGAUAACUAGGAAAUUCUGGCACUGGGAAGAGUAUAAGACAAACCACAGGCAGACCACCCUCUGUUUAUGUGGCAGUUGUCGUUAUUGAAAUCCGAGUAUCAAUCAUUAUUUUGUACUCAACUGAAGAAAAUAAAGAUUAAUGUUAUGGCAGCUACAAUUUACUCCAAAACCCCAAUUUGAACCUAAAUGUUCAAGCCAAUUUCAAGCGAAAUGUUAACUUAGGCAUCUGUCAUGUUUUUUCGCCAUCCCAGACUGUUUAAAGCAUGUCAAUCUGUUGGUUGACAGAUCGACCAACAGUUAGUUGUUUUCAUUAGCAUUGGUAGUUGGUAGUUAUAGUUGCGUUUAUAUCACUGAAUCGUCGGUCAAGUAGCAGUUAAGUAUUGGUGGUGGUGUAUUGAUCGACAAUUCUUGGUUUGCAACCACGUGACAAGGUGGCCAUGUUGGGGGUCAAAACAAAAGAAUAUUUCUUCGAAGAAUUUACAUGAAAAUAGAGUUUAGUUCCCAGAGGAGAGAAAUGCUUUUGUUCUUGACCACCAACAUGGCCGCCGUGACGUCACGUGCAAACCAGCAAUUGGCAUGCUGGCCUGUGCAACUUUGUUGCAAGGUACCUGUUGGCUGAUGCAGUGGCUGAUCCAGGGGAUCCCUCCCUUAUUUUUAGACCAAACUGAGGACCGAAGGGUUGAGAAAAAUUUUUUUGGAGAUGUGCCCCCCCUUAUCUCAUGGUCUUGAUGACCGCCCCGCCCCCUUAUCUGAAGGUCUGGUUCGGCCACUGGGCUGAUGUAUAUUGGGCACUAUCGGUCGACAUUGGCUGUUACUUAAAGGGCAUUUCAACUGACAUGCAUACCAGUAGAUAUUGGUUCGAUAAGUCGCCAAAUUUCAGCCAAUUUCCUCGCAGAGGGUAUCCACCAGUGUUGCAGCCAACACUUCAGUAGACUGUCAGUCGACUUAUCAAAGUUACAAGCAAACAUUGGGCAGCUAUCGACGGAUAGACUGCAGAGGCUGACAUUUGGCCACACAGUGGUCAGAUUCAGAACUGAUACUCAACUGAUAUUAAAUUGACAUCUCAAUCUUUCUGAAUGUGAAUAAAUAAAAUAUUAACUGGUUUAUGAACUUCACUGUUUUUUUUUCCUUUUUCAGAAAACCAAGGGAGGAGUACUUCUUCCUGAGAAGGGUAAGGGGACAGUAUUGGAGGGGACAGUGAUUUCUGUGGGACCCGGUGCUAGAGAUAAAGUGAGUUGAAGAACCUCAGCGAGUGGACAGUGAUUGGUGAUAACCUAAUAGUGCGCAUUAUAAUUAAAAGAUGCCAUUGCAGCAAACUCUUUAAUGAUCCUAAACAAGGGAUUAAUUUGAGAUCAAGUUUGUAAAUAGAUUGCAACAUUUAUUUUAAAAAAGGCUACCAGGAUUAAUAAAUUACAAGAAAUGGUCUCCUAAGACCAGCUGGAGAACUAAUUGAGUAAAUACUGAACAACCUGGUGAUAAAAAAUGUAGCGCUUGCCAUUGUGACCCAGUAUGUAACCUUAUUCAUCGCAGAUUUGCUAGUUAAUAACUUUGUCAAAAUUUGCAUCGCACAUGGAAUGUGCGUGGAUCAGAAACACGAAUCGGCUUUGUAUAUAUUUUUAUAUCUUGACUUCCGGUUGGUUAUUGCAGUGACGUCAUCAAUUAUGCAUAACAUCUAGUUGCAUUAAGGUUUCAAAGCAACACCUCCACUGGGUGCACUAUCAUGUUUUAUUCAAAAAUAAGUUUAUUGACUUGGUGAAUUGCGACCAAUUCUCACCAUGAUAAUGCCAGGAACUGCAAACUGUACAACGCCCUCCGCAAGAGAGUUAGCAAUGAUAUAUGUUCCUCAAAUGCGAUGAAAUGAGUUAAAGUUCAGCUUUUACCAUCAAAACCCUGCUUAUUCUUAAAUAUAUCUUCGAUUAUUUCUUGAUAGCUCCACCAGCUUCAAACAGCAUCUACCGGCAGGAUUUCAUGUGGAAAAGCCUUGAGAUAAUAGUUAAACACUUGCGUUUAACAUUUUGGUGACAUUGCUUACUUUUUUUCAUACAAAUCAUGCUGGGCGCCCUGAAUUUGACAAUUUGAGAGCACAGGGCUCCCUCCAGUUUUUCUUAGAGCACAGCCUUGCAUUUUGUAAUGGAAAGGGUAUUCAUUCUAGAAAUGUUUUGACAGGUCUACUAGAAAAUUAGUUGCCAUUAUUUUAUAUAUUCUUUAGUUUAACUUAUUACUUGACUCUUUUCUUUGUUCUUCCAGUCAGGUAACAUUGUUCCCAUAAGCGUAAAUGUGGGUGACAAGGUUUUACUCCCAGAGUAUGGUGGAACAAAAGUAACCAUGGAGGAAAAGGUU